AUGUUAUUUCAUCGCAAAGAGUAAUUUUCUAUUAGGUUACUGUAUUUAAUUUAAUUCGUUAGUGAGGAAAGUGUCCCAAAAAUUGAUUGACAAAACAAUACAAUCAUUGAAAAAAACUUACUUUGUCCACAUUUCACUUGAAAAUGGCUACUGAUGAAUAUGGAAGCCUAAUUAAACAGGAGGUGGAAUCUGAUCUCGAAGAACACAUUUCCAAAGAAAAAUGUGAUGCACUGGAAAUUGUUAUUUCAAAGAUGAAAUUUGAGUCCGAAAAUAUCAAAAGUGAAGAUAUCAAUGAUGUUGUUUAUUAUGAUCUAAAAUCUGAAAAGUGUGAGGAAGAAGGAAAAGGGGGAUUACAUUGUGAGGUGUGUGGAGGUUUGCUUCUUACAACUGAUUUCUUCAGCCCUGAUAGUUUGGAAUCCAUUUGUAACUGUAAUUGCCAGAAUGAGUCCAAUGAUGUGCAAGAUGAAGAUAUGACUUGGGACUCCAAACCAUAUAACAUUGGCGCAGAUUCUACAAACUUUCAUUUUAAAAUUAAGGAAGAAACAUUAGUUGGGAAGGAAGAGGAGGUAGACAAUGAAAAUGCGCCAUCAACAUCAUGCGAAAACAAAAUUUCUGUUGAAAGAUUUCAUGUUGUUAAUCAUGAAACGCCAAUCAAAACUGAGGAGGUUGAUGAAAUAUUCAGAUCUGAGUACGAUUUGAAUUCAGUCGGGCAGAGGAUUCAAGAUGAAAACGAAAUGGGCCCAAAACAUUUGAAUGAAAGGACUUAUAUUUUUAAAAGAUCUAUAAAGAAAAUAUUUAAUUGUAAAGUUUGCAAAAAAUUAUUCUCUCUAAGUUGUGAUUUGAAAAGGCAUGAAGUAACUCAUACUGGAGAAAAACCCUUUCAGUGUAAAAUAUGCUUUAAGUGUUUCACUCGCAAAGAUAGUUUGACAAAGCAUGGAAGAAUUCAUACUGGUGAAAAAUCAUUUAAAUGUAAAUUUUGCUCAAAGUCGUUCAUUCAAAGAAGUAACUGGAAGUCGCAUGAAAAAAUUCAUACUGGUGAGAAACCAUUUCAGUGUAAAAUCUGCUCUAAAUCAUAUAUUCGAAAGAGUCUCUUGAAAUCGCAUGAAAAAAUUCAUACUGGUGAAAAACCAUUUCAGUGUAGAACAUGCUCCAAAUCUUUCACUAAACAAAUUUAUUUGAUUCGCCAUGAAAAAAUUCACACUGCUGAAAAAGCAUUCCACUGUAAAACCUGCUCCAAGUGUUUUACUCGCAGUGAAAGUUUGAAACUGCAUGAAAAAAUUCAUACUGGCGAAAAACCAUUCCAGUGUAAAAUCUGUUCUAAAUCAUUUCUUCAAAAAGUUUAUUUGAAAAUGCAUGAAAAAAUUCAUAGUGGUGACAAACCAUUUCAGUGUAAAAUCUGUUCUAAAUCGUUCUCACAAAGAAGUAAUUUGAAAGUACAUGAAAUGAUUCAUACUUAUCAAAAACCAUUUCAGUGUAAAAGCUGCUUGAAGUCAUUCGCUAGCAAAGCUAGUUUGAAAGUGCAUGAAAAAAUUCAUACUGGCAAAAAACCAUUUCAGUGUGACAUCUGCUCUAAAUCUUUUAUUCAGAAAAUUCAUUUGAAAUUGCAUGAAAAUAAUCAUACUGGCGAAAAAUAAUUUCAGUGCAAAACCUGCUCCAAAGCUUUCAUUCAAGGCAGUGAUUUCAAAAUGAAUGAAAAAAUUCAUACUGCAGAAAAAACAUUUCAGUGUAAAAUGUACCCUCAAAUCAUUUA